AUGUCGAUACCCCUCGGCCGGGAAACUGUGCUCCCCACGCAGUGCAUGGCGCGGGCAUUGUACGACAACAUAGCGGAGUCACCAGACGAGCUGGCGUUCAGACGAGGAGAUCUGCUCACAGUGCUGGAGCAGAACACGGGUGGCAGCGACGGCUGGUGGCUUUGCUCACUCCGAGGCAGACAGGGAAUAUGUCCGGGAAACCGGCUGCGGAUAGUAGCAGGCGUGUUCGACGCAAAUUCUACACAAAGGCGGAGGACUCGGACACCAGCGCCUGUGGCACAUCAGCCAUUACCAGCUCAGCAGUCACCAGCAUUUACCAAAAUCGAAGAAUGUUCCCACUACGACGUACCCAGAGCGCCGAUGCCUGUACAGCGUCUCGGUACAUAUGACUGCCCCAGGCCGGCCGCCGACUGGUACGAUGCACCUCGCGCGCCACGACCUGCCAGCGCUGACUCCGCUUGCAGCGGUACUGGUUCACUCACCUCAGCAACUUCAAGCGCUUCAGCGAAUUCUGGUAGUUCAGCGCAUUCCGCCGCCUCCGCUUCCAGCACGUAUGAUGUCCCUCGAUCUCGUGCUCUUCCAUUACCUUGCGAUGCAGCGUUGGAAGCCCUAGAAAGAUUGCAAGAGGAAGCGUCAGCAGCAGUGUCUCGUCUAUUAUCUUACGUGUCACCGGGUUGGCGACGGCGUGGUGCACUACGACCGCGCGUGUUAGAUGUACGCGUCGCAGGCGCAAGAUUGAGAGCCGCGUUGCACGAUCUCGCUGUAUUUGCUGACGCUACAUUGGCUAACGCGCAUGAUGCACAAGACAAAGGUAUCGCAGUAAAGUUACGGCCGUUGGUAAAAGCAUUAAAAGACGCUGAACGAAUCACCCACGAAGCCACAAGCGCUUUGGACGCGGGCGACUGGGCCCCUGAGCGAUUAGAAAGAGACAGGGAGCCGACAGACGGGACACAGGAUGCGCUGGAUCAGCUCGUGGCCUGCGCAAGGUCCCUCACUGAGGACGUCAGGCGUGCUGCAUCCUUCAUACACGGGAAUGCUUCGCUCUUGUUUAGGCGGUCCGCGACAGUACCGGAACACGAAUGGACAGAGGAAUAUGACUACGUGAGGUUAGAAUCGCGGACGGCAGUGGGUAGGCGGAACGCAGAAAUUCGGGCGGCACUACCUGACAAGUUACGAGCUUCCUUCGAUGCGCUGGUUCGUGACGCUGACCAUGCCGGCGAGGUCAGCGCGGUUGCAGCGGCGACUCGUCUGCCUCCAGAUGACAGACAGCUAGCAGCAUUUUAUGCUGCACAGACUGCAACCUAUGGCGCCCAUUUAUCCACUGCUGUUGAAGCAUUCCUAAGGACCAUAGAAAUGGGCCAGCCCCCGGACGUCUUCCUUGCUCACGGCAAAUUUGUGGUGCUCAGCGCUCAUAGAAUAGUCCAUGUCGGCGAUACAGUACAUAGGAGUGCACAACACGCAGGUCUGAAAGCGAAAAUACUGAGAUGCUCGGACGCUCUCUCCGACGCGUUAGCCUCUAUCGUCGCUAAAACGAAGGCGGCCGCUCAACAGUUCCCCUGCGCAAACGCUGUAGCAGAAAUGGCCGAAUCCGCUAGAACCCUCGCGGCCAGAGCUCAAGAACUACGCAGAACCCUUGUUAGGGCUGCGGAACCCCCGCAAGACACCCCCGCUACUACUGUCCCACCAUCGGCGUCAACGACGCCCCUCACACCACUAACCCCAAUUGGACCACACAUCGGAACACCCUCCCUACCAGUUCUAUAA